CUUUAAGUGUAAAGAUACGAAAACGGGCAAGACUCAUUUUCCAGUUUUGAAUGCACGUAUAAUGCGUGGGAAAUUGCUAUCAAAACUUGUUUUUCAGAAAGAGUAUUGAGAUGGGGAAGCAUAAUCUAAGGGGAGUCACUCUAUGUACCUAGGUAUGCUGAGAACGGUUAGUGUUUGUAAACAACUGGAACCACACCUCCCGCGCUUAAUUUCACCAAGCCGCUUGAAAGGCAUUCAGUUAAUUAUCAUCUUACACCAUCCUGGCACCACAUUUUAAAUCUAUUGGAAGUAUUUUUUUUAACUCCUACUGUCGGAGGCUGCGAUCGACGAUCCAAAGAGAGGAAUGGUGAACACCCCUAUCCCUCACAGCCUGCGAUCAGAGGCCAAGAAAGCGGCAAAAAUCUUGAAAGAGUUUACCAUGCCAAAUUCAAAGACUGGGCCUGAUAAACUAAUUCCUGUCGGUAUUCUGGCCAAGGCCAAGGGAUUAGCAAUUUUAACAGUCUUCAAAGCGGGAUUCCUUGUUACUGCACGAGGUGGAAGUGGUAUCGUAAUUGCUAAACUCAAAGAUGAAAUUGACUAUAGUAAAGGCUGGUCUGCUCCCUCAGCUAUUGGUCUUGCUGGUCUUGGAGGAGGCUUUGAAAUUGGAAUGGAGGUUACAGAUUUUGUGAUCAUUCUCAACACACAGUCUGCUGUAGAUGCAUUCUCUAAGGGAGGCAAUCUCACUCUAGGAGGAAAUUUUACAAUAGCUGUUGGCCCAUUAGGAAGAAAUCUGGAAGGUGACAUUUCAGUCAGGAGCCCAGCUGCUAUCUAUACAUAUUCCAAAACUAAAGGAAUUUUUGCAGGGAUUUCUGUUGAGGGCAGUGCUUUGAUUGAACGGAAAGAUGCAAACAGAAAGUUUUAUGGUUGUGAUAUUCGUGCAUUUGAGAUCUUGUCGGGGAGGGUGUCUCCCCCAGCAGAAUGUGAGGCAUUGUAUUGUGUUAUGAAAGAACACCAAGAACUGGCGGCCAAAGCUGCACUGAGGCUGGCCCAGCGCCAAGCAGAAAAACAUGCAGAUGCUGCAAGAGGAAAGUUUACAGAUUCUACAGGGCUUAGUCUCCCUAGUUCGCUAAAGAGCAGCUUUGAUAGAGAAAAGUCCUCAUCAUUCUCUUCAAAGACAACAGUUGUAAAAACAGUCACGACAUCAGAGAAAAAGACAUACUCACCAGACUACAGUAGGAAAGCGACCCAGGUGCACACUGUCACAACUUUCCGAGGAAGUGCAUCGAGAGCAGGUGAUUCUUACUGUCACAAAGUACCAGAUAAGCCAGGAAACACAUCACUGAGCAGUCACACCACAGCCUGGUCUUCUUUGCCUUCAGGAUCAAGCCACCGACGAGCUGUGGCCAUGUACCCCUACACAGCACAGCUUGCCUGCGAUCUCUCCUUCAAACCAGGUGAUGAGAUAGAGAUUUUGACACAAACAAGUACAGAUAAUGACUGGUGGGAGGGAAAGCAUGGUGAUCGAAUUGGAAUCUUCCAGCCAACUAUGUUCGUGUUUUAUAGGCACCCCCUUUCACAGAUGUAAUAAAGUGUAAUGAUGUGUGCCUGAUUGUGAGACCAGCUUUCUUUCGUAACUGUGUUACUAGGGUGUCCAGUUUCUCAGGGUCAUAUAAUGAAGGCUGUCGCCUAUCACUUUGGAAAAGAACCUCUUUAUACUUUUUGAAUUUUAGUAUUUGUUCAAAUCAAUAUUUUUCCCUGCAAACUGUCCCAAUCUUAAUUUUAUUCCAUGCAUUGAUAAGAUUUUUACAGCUUGAAAACUUUCCUUGCUAGGCUUGUUUUGUGCAAUGAUUGCCCUUCACAAGAGGAUGAGAAUGUUGUAAGUGAAAUAGGUAUAGAUACCCAAUAUUCACAGAUUUUGAGAGGUACAUGAAGUAACGAAAUCUGAGUGUAAUGAGCAAGUCCUUUAGUUGAAAAAUCAUUAAAAAAAAUUCUAGUAAAAUGUUGCUUUUUUGUAGGGUGGGCUGCAGUUUACAAAGUUUAGCAGACCAGAUCAUAUUGGGGGAAUGGGGGAGUGUUAUUCCUGUGAUGUGGUUCAGUUGAUGUUUUAAAAUUUCACCACUCUUCAAAAAGUUAUCACAAGCACUCUUUAGUUUAGACAACACAUUUAUACAAGCAAUGUGUGAUCAGUAAAUAUUUAUUAAUCUAUUAUCAUCUGAAAAUUGUAACAGAAUGAUUGCAGGAAAAAUCACCUUAAAUACAUAUUUAGAAAUGUACUUAAAAGUUGGUGACAGCAUUCUUCAAUCAGAAGAAAAAAUUUUCAUCCAACACUGUCUUAUUUAAAGUGCUUUAAAUAAGCACUUCUUUGCAGUGAUGAAUUUGUUACUGAUAAAUGAUAAAAAAAUUAGGCAGUGAGGUAAUCAUUUUAGGUGACAAUACUUUUAAUAAAACUUUUGUAUUCCAGUUUACAAACUUGACUAUUCUACAAAUGUGAUCAAAUUACUCUAUUUACAUACUAUGCUGUCUCAGCAGGCAAAAAUAGGAAAAAUUUGACAAUGUGCAUAUCUAAAUAAAAAGUUUGAAAACUUUCAAUAACGCACACUGCAUAAUGUAACAUUUCCUUGAUGGCCUUAUUACAUCCCUACAAGAAACACUUGUGGGUCUGACCUAUUCUACCAAAUUUGAAAAUUUUUGUCCACAUUUUCAAGGUCACAAGUCUUAGAUAAUACAUUCAGUUUCAGAUUUUCAGUAUGUUAAAUGGAUACUUUGUUAUUUAAAAUAAAUGUAUAUUUUAAAAAAAAAA